GUCACGAUCCCGCAUCAGCGUACGUCCUCCGAGUCCCGCAAGAAGUCGCAGACGCCGCCGACGCCCCUUCCGGUGCCAACAUGAAGAUCGCCAUCGCUCUGGUUCUCUGCCUGGCCGCUGUCGCCAGCGCCGGCAUCGCCCCCGUCACCACCCUGGUGCGCACCCCCAGCCUGGACUCCGCCGUCAUCCAGUCCGACCGUCUGGGCGGCAACUUCGCCUACAGCUCUGUCGAGGGCCACGCCUACGCCGCCAUCACUCCCGUCGUGCAGAACGUGGUGCAGCCCGUCGGCGUCUCCUACACCGCCCACCAGGUGCCCGUCGGCGGUGCCACUCGUCUCCCGCCCAACUCGUCGCCCCGGCCCCAUCCCCUGCGGUCUUCGCCGGCCCCGCCCCCGCAGUUCCGCAGGCCCCGUCGCCGCCCCUGUCGCCGGCCCGCCUUCCUUCCCAGCCUCAUCUCCGGCUACCCCGUCGCCGUCGCCAGCCCCGCCGGGCCCGCCGCCCCCGCCACCGCCGCCCCCGCAGCCGACGCGCCCGCCUCCGCCCCCGCCCCCGUUCAACCUGCCCCGGCCCCGCUCCCCGCUGCCGACCUCGCCAGCGGUGAUUCCGUCUCCGUUGAGUCUGCUUAG